AUGUCCAAGACAAAUCUCAAAGAACCUGAUGACAGUCAAAUGUCGCUGACCGCCUCAAUCUAUGCCGAAUACGAGCGGAUUCUGUUGCGCGUCAUCGACACGAAACCGCUCAGCCCAACAUUCCCAAGGCAUUUGUUGACCGAACUCUACAUCGCUCGCACGAUCCUCUUCGCCGCUUUCACACUCGGCGUACGAAUCGGCAGCCUUCAACUCGUCUACACGCUCGUCGGCGCCGUGUUCGGCCCGGUGAGCCUCUUCGUGCUCACCUACGCGAUUCUACCGGCGCUCGGCGUCUACGCCGCCUACGCGUACUAUCAAAACAAAUUGAAACUCGACGAGAUCCGCGUCAUUCUACUCCUAUGGGCGAUGAGUUGCGGAAUGCUGUCAGCGACGCACAACAUCCACUACAGCCUUUCCGAUUACGGUCAACCGACCUAUUUCAUGCCAGUCAUCGUCGGAAUCAUGGUGCAUCUAAUUGGAAAUCGUUUCGAUAACGAUCGCAAAGGUCUAAUUGUGGCAAGUGUCGGCAGCGCGUUGGCCGUCUCCGUCUCACUUCUCAUCUGUUUCGGUACAACCAAUGAAAUGCUCGAAACCUUCACCAUUCCAACAUUAGGACAAUUCUCGUUCAGCGCCUUCACGUCGGUGUGCAUCGCGACGCUCAACGCCGUCGUCGGCCUACAGCUAAUGAUCGCUGAUCUCGACACAACGUGA